AUGACAGGUUUACGGGCUGAGUUGCAAACAGAGAAUAUCAAAGAAGAAAAAUCCUGGAUCUUUAAUGCCCAUGACAGCUCAGAGUUCCAACUGUGCUUUCCUAGGUAUUACUCUGGAGAGAAGAAAGCGCCUGUCCUGACUAUCUUCAUUGGGGGCAACCACGAGGCCUCCAAUCACUUGCAAGAGUUACCGUACGGCGGAUGGGUGGCUCCAAACAUCUACUAUCUUGGUUAUGCUGGAGUUGUAAAGUACCGUGGGGUGAGAAUUGGUGGCCUCUCUGGCAUUUUCAAAGCUCAUGACUACAGAAGAGGUCACUUUGAGUAUCCUCCUUACAACCAGCAAACAAUACGAAGCAUUUAUCAUGUAAGAAAUAUUGAAGUUUUCAAGCUCAAACAGCUCAAGCAGCCUAUGGACGUAUUUUUGUCCCACGACUGGCCUAGAAGCAUCUACCAUUACGGAAACACGAAGUUGCUGCUUAAGAAGAAAUCCUUCUUCCGCUCAGAAGUGGAGAACAACACUUUAGGGAGCCCAGCCGCGUCAGAGCUCCUGCAGCACCUGAAACCCACCUACUGGUUCUCGGCACAUUUGCAUGUCAAGUUUGCAGCACUAAUGCAGCAUCAGGCUGAUAACAGUGAACAGCAACCCCAAAUCACCAAAUUUCUGGCCCUGGAUAAAUGCUUGCCCCGCAGGGACUUCCUGCAGAUUGUAGAGAUUGAGCACAAUCCCAAUGCACCUGACUGCCUGGAAUAUGACCCUGAAUGGAUUGCUGUUCUAAAAGCUACUAAUGAUCUCAUUAAUGUCACUCCCACUUCUUGGAACAUGCCUGAAAACAAUGGACUGCAUGAAAAAUGGGACUACAGUGUUACGGAAGAAGAUAUCAGGAAGGUUUUGGAAGAGGUCAAUCAUGAUCUUCUGAUUCCCCAGAACUUCAGCAUUACAGAUGCUUGUUAUAAUUCAAAAAAGUCUCAACAAAAGACUGAACUGAUUCAUAGAAUCAGCCCCCAGACUACAGAGUUCUGUGCCCGGUUUGGUCUUGUGGACAUUAACGCUAAAAUUCAACAAUUGAAAGAAGAGCACAGAGAUGAUGUGCAUCAGGGUGAAGAGGAGGAGGAGGAGGAAGUAGACAGUACUGAAUCAGUGGAGGAGUCUAGUGACUAUAAUGCCGAUAUCUCUGGUUUAUCUUCUAUCAACCCUGAUGAAAUAAUAUUGGAUGAUGAUAGCUGUGAUGAUGAUUUUGAGACUUCUGGAGGACCAUCAUCUGAUCACUCCUGUAGUACCUCAGCAACUUUUUCUGAUGUCAGAAUCCUGCCUGGCUCUAUGGUAGUGUCACCCAAUGAUACUCUGGAUAUUGUAGAAAGUGAACUGGAGAAAUCCAGCAAUGGAAAUCAGACAGAAGAGCAAAGCCCUGAUGAGAAGUCUUUGAAGCGCCUAAGUGAUGAGAGCAAAGAAGGAACAGUCGGCCCAAAGAGAAUCAAAAGGCGAAACCAGGCCAUCUAUGCUUCCAAAGAUGAAGAUGACCCAGUAGAAUGAGAAACCCUUUUGUUGAUUGACCUGAGAGGUGAGAUCAGUUCACUGGUGUGCCUGAGAACUUGUGGUAGCUUGAGAGGUUGUGAAGCACUGUAUAGUUUUGAUAUUGUGAUUGUAAUAAAAGCCUUAUUUUUUAAAUAGUAGCUUUUAUAAUAAAUCAAAUAUUUUAUUGACAUCAACAGAUUGAUUUGGAAGAAAGAAAUAUAUGUUUUUGUGAACCAGAAGCUAAUGGAAAACUUUUUACAUUUUUAUAUGGAUUUUUCCAUACAAUUUUGAAUUGUUUUGAUGAAUUCAGAAAAAGCUAUCUUUUUUGCAUCUGAUGGAAUGGGUUCAGAGGGAUUUCACUUUCACUAAAAUUCACGCUUUUCUUUCACCAUCCAAUUUGCUUUUAUGUCCAAAUCUUAUAUUAUCUUAUAAUAUAAUAUAAUAUAAUCUUAUAAAUAAGUCUUCUCAAGUGGUUUCUGUCAUUUGUUCAGGUCAGCCGUAGAAUCAAAUCAAGUAUCUUUAUUGUGGGUCACAGACCAGAUAAGCCACAGAAUUGAAACAAGGAUAGAUAGUAUGGUAUCCUCCAGAUGUUUUGCACUACAGUGUCUGCAAGCCCUCGUCAUGGACAAAUGUUGAGCAUUAUGGGAGUUGUGGGGGGCCUAAGCCUGUGUACUUCUGGAAUAACCUGUGUGAUAUUAGCUGUCAUCUCUAGGAGGAUCCAGACAAAAUAAUAUUUUGUGAAAUUGGAAAAGUAAAAUAAUCUUGUGAGUUGGGCAGUGCCAGAAGUGGAAAUUUCUUCUCUUUAGUGUCAUAACAUUCUAGGAUCAUGUGUGUGUGUAAAUGAAUCCUUUACAGAAACAACACCACUUGCUUUCAGGCUCUGUUUUACAAUUUGUGAAAGGAAGAGCCAUCUGUGUAUCUGCUUUUGUGCCAGCAUAUACAACAUGAAUUUUAUUAUUCUCCUGGUUUAGAGUUCAUGCAAAGCCAUCGUUUAGGGCAACAAGGAUGAACUUCAGCUGUUGUUUGCAUAUUUUUUCUCCUUCAAAUCAUUAUGUUAACUAUGGAUUGGCUGAAUAAAGCAACCUCUGAACUAUGGGU